GAGUGGGAGGAGGUUGGCGGUGCGUUUCAGUGCAGCGAGGCGGCGCCUGCCCUGCCAGCUCCAGACUGCGGCGGGCAGAGCUGUUCGUAACAGAAAUGGCGGAGGGGGAGUUGGACGUCGACUCGCUGAUUUCCAGGCUUUUAGAGGUACGAGGAUGUCGUCCAGGGAAGAUUGUCCAGAUGACGGAGGCUGAGGUGCGCGGCCUCUGCAUCAAAUCCAGGGAGAUCUUCCUCAGUCAGCCCAUCCUCCUGGAGCUCGAGGCUCCACUCAAAAUCUGUGGUGACAUCCACGGACAGUACACAGACCUGCUGAGGCUCUUCGAGUAUGGCGGCUUCCCGCCGGAGGCCAACUACCUGUUCCUGGGUGACUACGUGGACAGAGGGAAGCAGUCUCUGGAGACCAUCUGCCUGCUACUGGCGUACAAGAUCAAAUACCCCGAGAACUUCUUCCUGCUCAGGGGCAACCAUGAGUGUGCCUCCAUCAACCGCAUCUACGGCUUCUAUGAUGAGUGUAAACGCAGAUUCAACAUCAAGCUGUGGAAGACGUUCACCGACUGCUUCAACUGCCUGCCCAUCGCUGCCAUCGUGGACGAGAAGAUCUUCUGCUGUCACGGAGGUCUCUCUCCAGACCUGCAGUCCAUGGAGCAGAUCAGACGCAUCAUGAGACCCACAGACGUGCCUGACACAGGCCUCCUGUGUGACCUGCUGUGGUCAGACCCAGACAAGGACGUCCAGGGCUGGGGAGAAAACGACCGCGGCGUCUCUUUCACCUUCGGAGCCGACGUGGUCAGCAAGUUUCUCAACCGCCACGACCUGGACCUCAUCUGCAGAGCCCACCAGGUGGUAGAAGACGGUUACGAGUUCUUUGCCAAGAGGCAGCUGGUGACUCUGUUCUCAGCUCCCAACUACUGCGGGGAGUUCGACAACGCCGGCGGCAUGAUGAGCGUGGAUGAAACCCUGAUGUGCUCCUUCCAGAUCCUGAAGCCAUCUGAGAAGAAAGCCAAGUACCAGUAUGGAGGGAUGAACUCGGGUCGGCCCGUCACUCCUCCCCGCACAGCCCAACCUCCAAAGAAACGAUGAAGAAGACCGGAGGGAGGAAGAGAUGCAGAGAAUGAUGGAGGGAGAGAUGAUUGUCAGAGAUUGUCUCCUGUUGGCUUUUCACUACACAAAACAAGUCGAAGCAACACUUUGCAGAGGAGGAAACGGACGGAACGCGACCGGUUUAAAGAGACACGCCCAAAAUCUGUCUUUCAUUUGCAAGGUUCAUUUUUCUUCUUAUCUCCCUCUGAACUGCUGUCACGCUCUCCUCUUCUUCCUCAGUGCUUCUUUUUCUCUGCAUCUGUGUAACAUUUUUCAAAGGUGUCAUUCUGUAGCAUAUCGGAGUGUUUUUUGUUUUUGUCUCUUUGUCCUUUCGCCUUGUAUUUUCUUGACAACAGAAUGACAGCUAGUAUAGUUUACCACAUCUCCUUACUCCCCCCUGCCUGUAUGGGCGCAACAGGUAUUAAUGACGACUGCUGGGUUUUCAAUAAAUAAUACAGGAAAUGAAUCCAA